AUGUCGUUGAGUAGUGAUAUUCGGGUUAUCCUUGGGAUAGAUUUCGGAACGACCUAUUCGGGCUUCGCCUACGCUAAUAAGGUCAAUCCUGAAAUUACGACAAACGAAACAUGGGUUGAUCUCAUAGGCCAAUAUAAAGUAAAUACUGCGCUGCAAUAUGACCACUCCUUCACUAAAGUUGAAGCCUGGGGUUAUCAGGCACUGGCAAAAAAGCCUAGUCGUCGACAAUCUGCCGUAUCCAACGAUUCCAAACCAAUCGAAUUGUUCAAAUUGCAUUUGGGCGAUAUUCCCGAUAUCGAGAAACCUUCGUUACAGGGAUUGGAUUAUAAAAAGGCUAUUACGGAUUAUCUUCGUGAAAUCGCAAAAGAUACGAUUCAACGUCGCUGGCCAAACAUCGAUUUUAUGACUAACGUGCAACUUGUACUCACUGUCCCCGCUGAGUUUACUGAGAAAGCUAAGGGAAUAAUGAGAGAAUGUGUGUUCAAGGCUAAUUUGAUUAACACUUUACAAUCUAAUCAUCUUCAAUUUACCACCGAACCGGAAGCAGCCGCUUUAUAUUGUAUGAAAGUGUUGGGCGAAUAUUUCCUUAACUCAGUUGGAACGUCCUUUCUUAUAUGCGAUUGUGGAGGGGGUACAGUGGAUUUAACAACUCGUGAAGUUUUGGAAGAAAAUAAAUUAAGUGAAAUUACCGAACGAAGUGGUGGUUUCUGCGGUGGCACUUACGUGGACCAAGAAUUCGUUAAAUAUCUUAGGCGUAAAGUUGGUUCAACAGCUAUCGAUCGGCUUAAAGAAAAACACUACGGUCAAUAUCAAUAUAUGAUCCAACAAUUUUGUAAACAAGUGAAAAUACCAUUUAAUGGUGAUCAAAGUAAGUUCAAACCUAUCGAGUUCGAUCUUGGAGAAAAUUGUCCGGUGAUCAAGCAAUAUGUACAGGGAAGAGAAAAAUCGUUUUUAGAAGAGGAAGAAUGGAUUUUAGAAUUAGAUUUUGAAACAGUGCAAUCGAUGUUUGACCCAGUUGUUGGAAAAAUUAUUCGUCUAAUACGCAAUCAAUUAAAUUCUGGUGGCAAUUGUCCGGCAAUGUUUUUGGUAGGAGGUUUUAGCGAGUCUAAGUAUCUGCAAUCACGAGUAAAAGAAGAAUUUGGUUCACGGGUGGGAAUUAUUGCUGUGCCUCGACAACCUAUCACCGCAAUUGUUCGUGGAGCUGUUGAAUAUGGCCUAAAAAUCGGCACGAUAAAAACUAGAGUAUUAAGAUAUACAUACGGUGUUAGGAUUUAUCCUAAAUGGACUGAAGAUGAUCCUCCAGAACGAAAAGACAAUGACCGAAUUUAUAAGUUUUGUGAAUUAGCUAAACGUGGAACCCGGGUCGAUGUGGACCAGGGGUUCUCUGAGAGUUUAAUUCCUGUCUAUAAAGAUCAAACAUCAAUGGAAAUAAGAACUUAUAUUACUAGGGAGUAUAGCGCGACAUAUUGUGAUGAACCGGGAAUGCAUUUAUUGGGAACUUUAAAAGUUGACUUACCGGAUGCGCACCUUGGUUUUGAUAGAAUAGUAGAGUAUACGCUUUCCUUCGGCAAGAUGGAGAUCAACGGCAUUGCAAAGAAUACGACAAACGGAAAUGUUUAUAAUACUACUUUUACAUUAGAUAUGGAUUAA